AUGGCGGCCACUUGUCUGAAGCCGUCUGAAUAUCGCGGAGAUAAAAACACUGCUGUGGCUGGGCGACUGGUGAUUUUGACUCAGCAGGAAUUGCCUGCCAAACAGCCCAGUCAAGGACAUGGACAACCGAAAGGCAAAAAAGGCAAGUCGGGCAAGGGCGCCUCAUCUUCUGCGUCAAACGUUGUGCACAAGGUAGAGGCCCAUUUGGCAGCCACCAGCAGUCCUACAGAAGUUCUCUACAUCGAGGCAUGGGGUGAGAUUGGUGACAAGCUCUUGCAGCUCCAAGGUGGCACGGUGCAAGCUGCUCCGGCGACUUUUUCGACGUCCAGACUGCAUUACCACCUUCGCCUCAAAGGCACGCUGGGCAUCACAGUGCUGGCCACCAAGUUGACAGAGACUCCGUGGGCUGAUGUCCCGGACCUCCAUCCUCUGGUUCCUCUCCGAGCACUGAGCCGAGUCAAAGAUCGACAGAAGAUUUGUGUGGCUGCGGUCAUCAUCGACAACCCAGGGGCCAUUGAACGUCAAACCAAAGAGAAGAUGGCCAUGGUUUGCAACGCCAUCAUUCAACAAGGCAAUACGAAAGUUCGAUGCGCUUUCUGGCAUGAGCAUGCGGAGGAACUUGCCGCCCAGGCAGUGAAUGAGGCGGUGCUUUUGUACCAGGUCCUCGUGACGAAGCGGAAGUCCGAAGAUUCGUGGGAGUUGAGCAGUUGGAGGGGUACCAGCAUCCAAGAGUGUCCGGCAGCCAUGGCAGAGUUGUUGAAAAAAGAACUUGCAGACACCGGAGAUUGCCGCAUGCUCACCGAGAUUCCUGUCACAGACUGGGAAAACUGUGAUGCAGUACCUUCGACGCUCAGCGCCUUGAUUGGCGUUGUGGUGCCGGGGCAACUGCGUAAAGUUGAGACAGUCUUCGUAGUCUCCGACUUGCAAAUUUUAGCCCUUGUGCGCAACAUCCUGACGGAAGCACUGGCCGUCAGAUUGACCUUGGCCGAUGGCAACAGUCAAUGCUCCGUGAUGUUGUAUCACGAGUUACUGCUGAAGGCAGCAGUGCUGAUGGAAAUAACUUUGCCCGAGCCGCUGGCUGAUUCCAAAGAGCUGCGCACAACUCUCAGAGACAUGUUCCGGAAUGCUCAGUGGAUUUGCCGUUUCACCUUCAAGGAGAACGACUUCCAGCAAUCCUUGGAAUUGGAGUGUCGCGACAUUCGUCCCUGCCUGCGGCUUCAGCCAAAUGUCGUGCUGAUGACUCCACCGAGCGGCCAGUUGAGUCUGCCUCUUUGCCGCUUGAACAAUGGUUGCCCAGUGGCGCCGUUGAAAGCGGCAUCCCAAAUCCCAACCAAGAUCUGA